AUGAUCGUAGAUGAUGACGAAGAUGAUGAGGAAGACGACAAUGAAGAUGAUGCGGAUUUCGAUGUUGGUAAGGAUUCAGGCAGUCAAGAUGCUGAUGAGGAGGAUGAGGACGAAUCAGACGAGGAGGAGGAAGAAGAGGAGAAGCCAGCUGGAAAGCGGAAGCGGGGUAAGGCCGCACCUACCGCAAAGAAGGCUACGCCGUCGAAGGUUCAGCCUGCACCUGCUGCUGUGGCGAAGGAUUCCGGUGGUCGCGGAAUGGGAGGAGGAGGUGGGGGUAGAGGUGGUGGUGAGGCUGGAGGGGGUCGAGGUGGGGGUGGAGGCCGAGGAAGAGGCUGGGGAGGCAGAGGUGGCUUCUUCGGGGAAAGAUCCGCUCCCCCACACAAAGGAGAGAAGGAAGUACCUGAAGGUCCUGAGAAUGCCUUGACGGGGAUCACUUUCGUUAUCAGUGGCACUCUUGACAGUUUGGAGAGGGAGGAGGCUGAGGACUUGAUUAAGAGGCAUGGUGGUCGGAUCACCAGCGCUGUCAGUGGAAAAACGACCUACCUCCUUGCUGAUGAAGAUAUUGGAGGCAGAAAGUCUACCAAGGCAAAAGAGCUCGGGGUGAAGUUCCUCACAGAGGAUGGCCUUUUCGACCUCAUCCGUGCUGCAGCAAAGAAGCAGCCACCUGCACCAGCGAAGUCACCCCCGGCUAAACAGCCUCUGGGUGCAGAUAAGGGUCGCCCUGCUGCUGACGAUAUCAAGCCCGAUGCUGACCGACUCCCGAAGAAGCUCAAGGCCGAUGUAUUAUCUAGUGCAGGAGCCCUAGCAGGCAAGGCGGACGCUGGUGCAGCGAGGCCAGUGGUGGUACCUGCAGCUGCAGCAAGAUCGGGACCAGUGGAGGUGGAGUCAUGGCCGCAGAAGUACGCUCCCAAGAGCACAGCAGACAUCAUCGCUAACCAAGGCCUGGUGAAGCAGCUGCAUGACUGGCUGACAGGCUGGGAGGCGAGACAUCUGGGGCAAGGAGGGGCCAAGAAGGGCAAGAAGGGCGGGAAGGGUGGAGCAGGUGGUGGAGGAGGGGCGGCAGGGGGGGACAUGAACAAGAAGGCAGUGCUGCUCAGUGGAGGGCCGGGCAUUGGCAAGACCACUACAGCUCGCCUUGUCUGUGCCGCUCUUGGCUUCUCGCCUCUCGAGGUGAACGCGAGUGACUCUCGAGGGAAGUCUGACGCCAAGAUCCGCAAUGGCAUGGGCGGCGCCACGUCCAACACCAUUAAGGAGAUGAUCUCCAACACCACCCUCCGCUUCUCCCCCGUCCCCACCUCCACCAAGGGCAAGCAGCAACAGCAGCAGCAGGUGGAUAAAGCCGCUCUGAUCAUGGACGAGGUGGACGGCAUGUCGGGGGGCGACAGGGGCGGCGUGGCGGACCUGAUAGCGAGCAUCAAGGAGAGCCGUGUGCCCAUCAUCUGCAUCUGCAACGACCGGUACAGCCAGAAGCUCAAGAGCCUCAUCAACCACUGCCUGCUGCUCAACUACAGGAAGCCCACCAGACAACAGAUGGCCAAGAGAUUGCGGCAGGUGGCGAACGCUGAGAAGAUCCAGAUCGCUGAUAAUGCCCUGGAGGAGCUAGCGGAGCGCACGGGGGGGGACAUGCGGCUGGCGCUGAACCAGCUGCAGUACAUGGCGCUGAGCUGCCGGCAGCUGUCGUACCAGGAGGUGAAGCAGCGCAUGCAGGCCAACGCCAAGGACGAGGACAUCCGCCCCAUGGCCGCUGCUGACACACUGAUGGGGUACGGUGCGCGUGGCAAGAGGUUGGACAUUCUUGUUGAUGCAGCCAUGUCAGACAUCGACCUCAUGCCGCUCUUCAUCCAGGAGAAUUACCUGAACCACGUGCCUGGAAACGACCCGUCAUCUCCUCACCUACUCGCUCGCCUCUCCCAAGCGGCCGAUGCCAUCUCCAGUGGGGACCUGGUGAACGUGCAAGUGCGCAGAUACCAGCAGUGGCAGCACCUGCAGUUCGCUGCUGUCAUUUCCUGCAUCACUCCGGGCUUGAUGGUCUCCGGGCGAAGGGUCACUCUUCUAGAGGGCGAGCGGAACUUCAAUCGCUUCCCAGUCUGGCUGGGAAAGAACUCGUCCGUGGGCAAGAACUACCGCUUGCUGGAUGACCUGCACCAGCACCUCCUCUCCUCGCAUCUGCUUCCCAACCCAUCAAGGCAAGUUGUUCGCCUCGACUACUUGGAGCCCCUCGUCUCCUCCCUCACACAGCCUCUGCACAAACACGCACAGGAUGGGGUGGAGACGGUGGUAGAGGAGAUGCUGGAGUAUGGCCUCACACUGGACGACCUUGACACGGCCGUGGAGCUCUCACAUUUCAAGGGUCGAUCUGGUCCUAUGGAGGGAGUGCCAGCGCCAGUGAAGGCUCGGCUGACACGCGAGUUCAAGAAGGAGCAGCAGGCGCACAAGGCCAAGUCUGCUGCCACCCUACCACCUCUCCAGCUUCCAGGGGGGCGUGGGAAAGCAGGUGGUCGAAGCAAGGCGGCUAAGCCGUCGGGUGGAGGAGGUGUGGAUGAGGCUUCUCUUUUGCAGGCUGACACUGAUCUUCCUGUGGCUGUUGAUGAAGUUGGAACACUGCAAGAAGACGAUGAUGAUGCAGCUGAGGAUGCAAGCAGUGAGCAUGAUGAAGCCGAUGAAGGUACUUGCAACCGUACAGUCAGCUCCAAGGAGAAGCCCACUCUCGGUGGCACGCGGAUCAAGACCCGCAAAAGGAAUAUUGCGGUUCCUUUAGAUCCGACCAGCUUUGCAGAUGCGAUCGUCCACAUUUACAAGGAUCACCAGGGGGAUUUGGAGCUUAUAGCGAAGGAUAUCGACUCUUCCGAACUCGAUUUUUCUCGAUAUGGGGAGACAUUCUUCGAGGUGGUGCUUAGCGGCGGUCGUAUGCAGCCGGGCACAACCAAGCCAGAGGAGGGGGCAGAGCGGCAGCCGUGGAAUGUGCUCAGUUCUCCACCCACAAAGGAGGGGGUUCUUAAACAUGUCCUUUUCAUCCAAAAGAUUCUGCGACGCCGUCCAUUCAUGAUCAAGUCCUUGGAGAACGUGCUGCGCCGCUGGGUGCAGUCUCUGGAAAUGUAUGAGCCUGAAGAGAGGAAGCGCCUUGCUGUGCUGACAGCCCUCUGCUUCUCACAGCGGUUUACUGGCCUGGCACCUGAUGUCAUUUUCAUAGCCCUCCUUAAUGACACGCUUGUUACUAAAGGCACCUCGCUCGGCUUCAUUACGGACUUCUUCCAUGUCUAUCUGGUGGAGACCAACAUGGAUGACCUUGUGGGUCUGCUCAAGAAAGGGAAAGUCGAUCAGCGGCUGAUCGAGUUCAUGCCCUCUCAGAAGCGGACUCCAGACGCAUUCUCUCAACACUUCAGCAACGAGGGCCUGAAGGCGUUGGCGGAUUACCAGAAGAAGGUGGUGUUUGAUGUGAAGCUGAAGGAGCUGCACACAGCUCUCGCUGACAUGAUUGAGGAAGAGCACACAGAUGUGGGUGAUGUGAUUGACAUGGUUAAGCAGAGAAAGAAGGAGGGUGGCCUGGCGGAUGGUGAUGUUGUUCGAACAGUGUGGGAUGCAGUCAUGGGCGCUGUUCAGUGGUCAGGCAAAAAUGUGCAACAGAAUUCCAAUACAGCCUUGCGACAGCUCAAAUCCUGGGCAAAGCUAUUGGAGGCAGUGUGCUCGUCUGCCAAGAUGGAGCUAGAGCUGCUUUACCACAUUCAGUUGCAGUGCUACGAGGAUGCUAAGAUCCAGCGCCUCUUUCCCGAGUUUGUCAGGACCCUAUACGAUUGUGAUGUCCUUGCAGAGGACACCAUCAUGCUUUGGUUCCGCAAGGGUUCCAAUCCAAAAGGAAGGCAGCUGUUUGUUAAGGCACUUGAGCCUUUCAUCAAAUGGUUGGAAGAAGCAGACGAAGAAGACUGA